ACACGCGUUCUCCCCGCCGCCUGUCGCCUUUUCUCGCGUGGGUUGAUUUUCACGCGCGCUCGCGUUUUGCUCGCUCUACUAUCCCUGAGGAAAAAUGGGGGACUACUUGUAGUCUACCCUUUUCUUAGAGCUGGCAGUUUCUCGGGUCUCCUUCGUCAAGAAUAAUUUCCGACUGUUCAGUUCGCAUUUCAUCGGCAGUAAUACCGGUUAGGCCAUCAGUUUCAGCUACGUCUGUGCUGUCGAUAUUAUCGAGUAAAAUUUCGUUUUCGUUUACCACCGCUUCCAGAAUGGUAAGUUUCACCUCUGCCCUGUCCGACAUCCUACCUGUUAUACUCGUGUUUGAAAUAGAAGCUAAUAAAUAACUUAUUUGACCGCAACGCUUUGUUUCAGACCAGAUGAAACUGCUUCGUGUUUCUGAUUGUUGGUGUUCGAGUAUGUUCGAUUGAGUUCUAUUAUGUUCGAUUGUUGAACUGUUCGAUUACCGAACAUUCCAUUGCGUUCGAUUGGCAAAAUUUUUUUGUGAGUUCGAUUAAGUUCGAUUACCGCACCCAAUCGAGCGAUUGGGUUCGAUUGGGUACGAUUGCCGAACGUUCGAUUGACUACGUCGGGUGUAUUUGCAUUAUAAUGUGGAAUUCACAUUUAUGAAAAUUCCUGAAACAGAACGUUUUAUUCCCAAAGGGUUUGAAUAGGGUACAGCAUUGAGUUAGCCGAAUGGAUCUAUUUUUUAGACCCCAAAAUUAGGGAAGACAGUGCUGUGUUACAAAUAUAUACAUUUUUUACCGGAAUAUUCAUUUUUUUUUUUCAGUUUUUAGUUUUCAGCAAAAUAAUUUGUCUGUCCUCCGGCUUCCCAGAUUAAUACGCCAAAAAAAAAAAUCUGGUGUCAUUUUCAUUAUGUCAAUAAAGGUUUCAUCACGCCCAGUGGCCUUGUUAAAUGUACGCUUCUCGAGUUCAACAUGUUUCGCCAGUGGAUAAGAAAGCUCAAGUUGGAUCGCUUGCAUCAGGAACACCGACGGCAACGACAGAUCGAGAAACAACAAAGGAAGGAAAAGCAAGCUCGGGAACACCUACUGCGAGACGAAGAACUUUACAGUAUUUUGCGGGGACGAGAACAGAAAGCCAGAGAACUUAAAGAGCGCGGUAUCAAGCGUCGCGAGGUAGAUCGUCGAAAAUACUUCAAGCUACAAGAACUAGACCGAAAAAGACGCGAGAAAUGCGAAGAAGACUUGAAAAGAAAAAAGGACCAAAACGAAUGUCAAAGAGAAAAGGCUCUUGCGAAAAGACAAGCAGAAAAGGUCGAAGAGGAUGAAAAGGUUUGUCGGAACUAGAAUCUUGUUUGAUUUGUGAGCGCAGAUAUUCUUCUCCGUUUCAUACGUCUGUGAAUAAUAAAGAACUGCGCGCUUACAAAAUAAAAAAGAUAUAAAUUCCACCCAACAUUAACACUUACAAACUUGCUAUUCAUUGAUGAUAUUUCGUCGUUUCUGAUUGGCUCUAAUCCCCCGGCUAAUUCAUCAUAACCAACUGGCGCUUACCAUAUUUUGGAAGAUGCGAGCAAUAUACCAUCCAUUCGAUUUUGUAUUUAACAAUUAAUGAAUGAGGCUGAGUAUGUUAUGAAGAAUUAUGGAGAUCGAGGAAGGUGUUGAUAACACCCUCUGAGAUCUCCAUAAUUCUUCAUAUGAUACGAGAGCCGAAUUCAAUAAUUGUUUAUUAUUCAUUCAAAAUAAUUCCUAGUUUAAAAACAUGGCUAAAACAUGCUUACCUCCAUCGAUCCAUCGAUGUUAAGUUCAUCUUCCGAUAGUGCACGUUUAGGUUUGUGCAGCUCCGCAAAUAUUCUCCAAAUAGCGGAUGUCGCUCUUCGAGUUGUCUUCGUGCCGUUCUUGCCAUGUUUUUAGCUAUUUUUUCGCCUAGUUCUUACUCUUGAAACGAGUGAAAUGUCCGCCAUUUUUCAAGUUCACAAGCAAAACAACUCAACCUCGUCCUCAGGUCUUCUCGGUUAACGGUGCCUUAACCUACGAAAACGCUGCAUUUUUGACGUCAUUUCCUUGUUAAACACAAAAUGCUUCCAAAUUUGGUCAUCAGUAACUGGUUAUGGUGAAUUAAAUGUGUGCUUUUAGCCGAUCAGAAUCGGGAAAAUAUUUUGAAUGAAUAAUAAUGCCUAUUAACCCAUCGACCAAACUCGUCUUCAGGCGCGGAAACCUAGCUGUUUAGGGACGGACCAUUUGAAAACUUAUGGGGAGGGAGCGGGCGAAGUACAAAAAAUAUAUUCGCGCAAUUAAUCCUACUAUAUAGAUUUAGCCAGGGCUAAAAGCGAAGCCCCUACUAACUCGAAUUUAUAAUUUAAAUCAAACAAUUGUAAACUUGUAUUCCACAAAUCAGUUAACUUUAGAGCACAUUCAUGUGACUUUUGAGGGAAAGGCUGCGUAAUUUCAAAGAAAAAUAAUUUGCAAACAAUCCAAGCCAAGAGUGAAAUUAAUCCUACAUCGACUUGAAAGCCUUAUAUGUACACCUAAAAAAUAGCAUAGCCAUAAUGGUUCUUGAUCACAGUACAUUAGGAAAGUAAAUCAGACCGAAUCUUUUGCGUUCGACAAGUUUACUUUACAAAAUCUUGCCAACAAGUCUGGGGACGUGUAAACCAACCUUUUAUACUUUUUAUGCAUCACAUCUGAGGUGAAAUAGUACCAUGAGGCGCUGUUUUUAUCACACAGACCUCGGACAGAAAGCAGUAUUUCACAAUUUUGAAAUACAAAUUGCACUCAUUUAAUAUUCACGACGAUCGAAGCACACGUUAGCGAAACCGUUUAAAGAUUUCCAAAAUCACCUAUACGGCGAGCCGGUUCUCACUUUUGACAAGCGCUAAAGUCGACUGUUUAAAUUAAGAUUAACAGAGUUAUACGCUUCAACAUAAUGGCUUUAUAACGAUGUGUAAUCUUCCAAAGCGUUUGAUACGCGCGGCAAUUUGACCACUCCUGCAAGCGAUGUUCAUGACUGAAAACAAACGGGACAGCGAUUAAAAUUGCAAAAGAGACUACUAACAAUCAAUAAAAGGAAAAUAAUUCGGUGAAACAUAUACAGACAACAAUUUUCAUUCACGAAGACAAGUAUUAAAGUGUCUCUAAAAAUCCUUGUUUAUGUUUUAAGCCGGCUUCCCGGUGUUUGCUUUUUUCAAAGAUUAACUCGAGGCAAGGAAAUCGCUCAAAGCUUUCUUUUACAGCCAGAAUUAUGACUAAAUAUUCUUUGGAACGUUUUCUUUUAUUUGCGGUGACAAAAUGUCUAGAGGCUUUUUAAAGUUCUAUAAGAUUAUAAUCAAACCUGAUACUCGGUCAGAUCAUUGUCUCAAAUCUUACAAACGUGCAUAAACUAAAUAGCCCCAUAAACUACGCUCGACUUCAUUAAACAAACAUCAAGUACAAUAAUUACUCAGGCUUACUAUUCGAGAUGCACUGAGAACUAUCAAGUUUUAAAGGCCAGAAUCGCUUCAGACUUUUCAACCCUCUUGCGCAUCAAGCAGGGUGAAAAACGAAAAUCGGAUUUCCGACUUUGACAAGCGAUGUAUUUCUCAACCAAAGAUCCAAUAAACAAACUAGCCAUGAAUAACAGAAGACUCCUGAUAGCAGCUGAAUUUCAUUUUGCACAUUCAGUGGAAAAAGACAGUUAAAAACAUCACAAGUUGACAAAAAACUCUGUCAGCUUCAGCUGUCAAAGUAAACAAGUUUUAAAAUGCUGCGUAAAUUUUCCGCAUGAACUCACCUGUCAAAUUUUGACCAAUCAGAGCAUAAAAUUGGACGUAGAGCGUGACCAACCCGUGAUCUUGGCGAGAAAAGUCAUAAGCAACUGGCAUGUCCUCCCUGCCUGUAAAAACUGGCUGAAUUCUAGCUUCCGAGGUCAGUUUGAAAGCAAAAUUUUAAUUGUGUGGCACAUACAACACAACAUAUUUCAUAUGAAUUAAAAAAAAUUAAACGUGAGCUUGCGAUCAUUUGAAAACUAGUAACUUGUCAGCGGAUAACUUCAAAAACAUACUCGACCUCAAAGGGGCAACACCUGAGCCCGCGAUACGGUCAAGUGAUACUGGACAGCUGAUACCCUGUUCUGACAGCUGUCAAUUGAUCAUAACAUUGAUGUGCAAUAUGUGUGCAAGAAAGUGUGAGAUUGAACAUUGGUUUUCCUGUGGUGCGGGAGGGCGGGCGGUGUACUGUCACGUGAUUACCAAAUUUUCUGGGAUGGGUAGAUUUACUUACCCAUGGUGCUCCGCAGGCGCGCUUCACGCGCCAGAGCUCCGCUAAAAAAUAUUCAUGCUAUGGCGUAAAAAAAGUUCAUGCAAGGAAUUUGAUAACGGAAAAAAAUUCCUGCGGCUCGAAAAUCCCCCCCCCCAUAACUUUUCUAAUGGUCCGUAUCACGGCUAUCCGAAGACGAAAUAGCUGAAGACUGAACGGAAGAAAUGGAAGAAUACGCAAACCAUAUUGCUCUAUUGAUGUAUCUACAUUCUGUUUUUCUUUUUUCAGGCAAAGAAGUUUAAAUUCCGUCUUCUUGUAAAGCGAGGUUCGGAGGACAAACGGAGAGAAAGUCUGCUACAAAUCAGACGACAAACGCUCAACGAGGAAAAAGAAAAGAAGGUUUGUUUCCUGAUCACUCAAAUGCAGUUAGAACCGACCCACAUAUAAGAACCGUACGAGCAAGCUGAAAUUUUCUUUGGUCGAAUAGCGAGUGGUUGUUAUUUCUGUGAGUGCGUAUUUGAUCAAAUUUUAGCCAGAAGGUUUAUACCGCGCCAGUUGUCAUGUUCUUUCUGCACAUAUAAAGGUAGUAUAGUUUCAUGUUGCAGUAGAACCCCCGAUUUAACGAACCUCUAUAUAACAAAGUUCUCAGUUUAACGAACGAAACCUCCUUACAGCAUUGGUGAAGUGAAAAUUGGAUAUAAGUUGGGUGAAAGCGGGCUUUGUUUAUAGUGUUGUUAGUGGGAGGUGAGUAGCCAAGCAGCCCGCUCGCCAAGCGUUUAGGUAUCAAGAUUCUAUUCACGUUUUUAUCGCCUUUAUCGUUGGUAGUCUCUGUUAUCUGCUGCUUCAGGUGACUAAUUACAGAUAUUAGAGACGUUAGGAUCGAAGUUUGGUCAUUUUACUGCAAACGACGAAAUGCGGUUUGAUGAAACGCAAUAGAAAGAAAGAGACAGACUGUCGCUAUUAAUGACUUUUAGAUUGCAAGACGAGAAGGAAUACAAGGACGAGAUUUUCUCAGUAACAAGUAUCGAACAAGUUAGCAAAUGUUAGAAGUUUUACGGUUUUGCGAUCGGAAGAGGGCUUAACCUUCUCCUUCGAUAAGGAUAACCGCUGAUAAAAGGAUUGCGAAACUUACCGAAGCUUACGUUUUGAGAAUACGUAAAAAAUCUUUAUCCUCGAAUCUAAAUGUCUCUAUUAUAUUUUUCCAGCUGAGAGAGUCUUGGAAGCGACGCUGUUCACUGUCGCUGGAGCGCCAAGAAGAAAAACGCAGAAAAGAAGAAAAAGAAAGAGAAGAGCAUAUCAGAAAUGUGGCGCGAAGAACAUCCAUUGUGGAGCAACAGCGGCGCAAAAGCCGAGGUAAUACAUUUUACCGCUUAGCAAAAUACAACCGCAAGUGUAAGCAUAAGUUUUAGGGGAUCGUUUAAACAGAUAGGAUGGUGGAUAAAGAAGCGAUAACCAGUGAAAAAUGGUGCCAGUGAUCAGGCAUUAGGGACCUUUUAAUUUACACUAGGUUACUAUGACGAGAUUGAGUGCAAGAACUUUUACUUUUACAUGCUUUAUUGGCCAAGUAGUAUGAGUAGAAAAAAAGAAGACUACAAAAAAAAUGAAGAUUAAUGCCCAAAGGGAAAAGCUACGAACGGGACACUUAGACGCAUGCGAGGUGCCCACCCAAGGUAAUAAAAGAAUUUCAAACAUAUACAAGAAGAAAAGAAAGAAAGAAGUUAAUAAAACAAUGUAACAAACUUACUGUUACUUUUACUUUUGCUUACGUAUGAGUUUUUUUAGCCAAAUUCGUGAGCUUCAUAUUGAUUAACUUUACGAAUUUUAUCCCUAACUUUUUGCGUCAAAACUAAUGGUUAGGGUUACACUCAGCCGAACCCACCUUUUGGAUUAAAACGCAAAUUGAUUCUUUCAAACAUCUGUAUAAUAGCCAAUUUUCUUCUUACCCGAUAAUUGUCUUCUUUUCAGUUUACCAUGAUCUGUGCUUGCAAGGGAGGCGCGAUUCACUGGAGAAACAACAUCAGGAGGCUGAAGAUUUUCUAGAGAAAAUGAGAGAAAAGAAAAUGAAAGAUUUAGAGUUAUGGAAACAAAAACACCAGCGAAUGCAUGAGAGACAUUUGCAGCAGGUGAGUAUCGUUCUUAAAGUGGAUUUCCACCGUCGUGCAAUUUUAACAUGCGUACGUACGUAAAUAAAGUAGAGGCAAUGUACAUUUACGUUUACCAUCGGCCUUUUAUGCAUUGUCUGUAUUUUAUUUAUCCACUUAAAUUCCAUGUGCGUACGCACGCAUAAAAAUUAAGCGACAUUAUGCGCUAAAUCCACUUUUACUUCCAAGGUAGCGUUUCGCUAUCGAAGUACCGCUCCUUGUUCGUAAAUGAACAUUUUUGUUUUAUACUGUCAUAGCCGCACUCACUUUCGUGCAGUUUCAAACGAAGUCGCUCUCCUGUGCUCGAAGCCACCAAAAAUGUCCCUAACGGCUAGCUAUUAAAACCACUGGAUUGCUGAAAAUGUCAUUUGUGUGUUCUUUCUAGGGACACAGAGGUUCCCUUCGAAGCAGACCAAGUGACGUUGGACCAGAGCACAGACGCAGAUCUCGUUUGUCGAGUGUCUGGGACUUGCAGUCAUCUUUGAAAAACGAUUUUGGAAUUGAUGAUAACGGAGUUUACAGGUACAGAUGUAAUAUUUGAAUCAUUUAACUGUCAGAACGUAUGACCAAACUGCAAAAUCAUCAGUUUUUUUUUUAUUAUUGUUAUUUCAUCCUCAUCCUUCCACGGGUUUAUAAUGAACCAAAAAUGACCAUCUUGCAGUUGCCUUGUUAGCUCAAAGGAUAGAAUUUUUCAAUUUUUAUUUGGUAACUUCAAAAGAUGCGUCUAUAACUGUAAUAAUUUUCUUGCUUUUAAGCGGCAUUGCCAUUACAAAAAACAUGCAGAGGUCUUGGGAAAGAAUACCAAACGUGAAUGAAGUCGACAUUUUUCAUUAUUAUUCGCACCAAACGAAAGCAAGCUUGAAAAAUGCUGAAGUAGAUUUUUGUUCUGUGGUUCAUUUGGACCUAUAACUGUUAUCUGCACUUGACCCUGUUCUGCUUUGAAAUCAUUUGAAUGCAGUGUUUCUCGUAACGCGUUCCGUCGGGUAACUCCUUAAUACGGAAUCCCAGAGGUUAACUUACAUUUUUUAAACAUGUUUAAUCGUUUGUGUAAACGGGGUAUUAGUAACGUUCCCAGUGCUGGCACCAUUGAGCCCGGCACUGAGUCUGUUUAAGGUAGAAUUUAGUGUAAACUCAAUUCUAAAUUCUAUUUAUUGGGAACUCAAUUUGUUGGAUUUUAAUUCUGCUACGCCCUCAUUUACUCUUAAAUGAAUCAAUCUUUACUCACUCGGUGGUCUGUCUUUUUUGCAGUGGCGUUGUUUUUGCGGGCAGGAAAGCAAAGCAGAGAGCAAGACAGUUAGAAACGGUAAGAUGAUCUAUAACAUACAAAAAUAAGGUGAAUAUCUGUAAAGAGUCAUUUAAAUAACUUCAAUUUAUGUCGCGCAACCAAACCUUUUUCACUAAAAAUUUAGUUCGUAAUUUCCGGAGCAGGCCCGCAUUUUGCACAUUUUUGUCCAGCUGAUGACAAUGUAUUUUUUCCUUUCUCAGCUGGCAGAGGAACACACCUCAAAACAAAUCGAGGAAGUUGAUGAGUUUGAGAAACUCUUAUCAAGACUUGAGGCUGAAUUUGCUUUACGCGAAAGAGUUCUUCACGUCGUUUUUGGCAUAAUUUCAAACGCACAACAUGCGCUCGAUAUACAAGAGAGGCUUGAAAUCGGUAAAGAAGUUCCCGGAUACGUCCAGCGUAUCGUGGAUAAUGCUCAAAGAAUUUUAGGUGAUGAAGAAAGCUCUGGAGUAUUGCUUUCGCUAGACGAGCAAAGGCGGCGAGCUGCUCAAGAGAUAGUUACAACCGCUAUUAGUAAUGCUAGGGAAGAGUAUAAGUGGAGAGCAUCACUACGUGACUCUGCUCGAGAAAUUGUCACCGCAGUUAUAGACUCUGCUUUCCAGAGAGCACUAAGAGAUGGACAAGACCUUGGACCAAAAAAAGAGACAGUAGCUGAAAAUAUCUCCGAAAACCUUUUUGAAUGCGCUAAAGACGUUGUAACCGUUGCUGUAAUGUCAGCUUGUCACCAUAGCAGAGGUGAUCGCGAAAUAAGUGCAGCAAAAUCACUAGCCGCUGAUGCUGUUCUAGCAGCGAAAGCAUCAUUAGAAAAAUUGUAUGGUACAACUUGUGAGCUCGACGCAAAAGAUCAAGUCGAUACUCAUGAAAUUUGGUCCAGUUUGGAUAUAUGCGCUAAAGAAGUGGCAGCUGCGGCUAUUAUCUCGGCCACACGCUCAUUGGAACGAACCUAUUUUAAACAUGAUUCCAAUGUGAUGGCUGCACGAUCUUUGGCACUUGAUGCAGUUGCCGCCGCAAAAGCUUCCCUGGAAACUUUUCUUGGUGUUAUUGUUGAAUUUGAAGAAGAGGACGUAACUCCUUCCACGGACAUUUUAGCGUGUUUGGCAGAAUCGGCUAAAGAUGUUGCUGAAGGCGUUCUUACCUCAUCUUCACAGUUGCUAAGUCCCACGAAAAUAAUAAGCAAAACUGAAAGUCGUGUAGCGCAGUCGCUUGCAAACGACGCUAUCCAAGCAGCUGUGGCAUCGAUUCAAAACCUUUAUGGCAUUAAGGUUGAUUUUGAAGACGAAAGUGAAGAAGCUGUUAUAGGAAUCGCAGCUACUGCCAUAAUUUCAGCAACUCAGUCAAUGGAAAAAGACUCGAAAAAACGUGAUUUCGAUCUGACAAUUGCGGCAAGAGAAUUGGCCAAGAGCGCUAUGGAUUCUGCCAAAGCGUCAAUUGGUUGGUUUCAAAGGGAGAGUGUCGCACCAGGAUCGGAAGAGGACGCGUUAAGAAUUUUUUCAAGCUUGGAUGAAGCUGUGAAAAGAAUAGCAGAGGUCGCUGUUGAAUCGGCUACAAGGUCUCUUCAGCGCAUGGCUGAGGAAAAUGAACGGGAUUUGACAUACACAACUCGCGAACUUGUCACCAACGUACUUAAUUCUACAAAAGCCUCUAUAGAAAGACUAUAUGGAAUCAAGAUCGAACCAGAAAUAGAAUUGUUACCUCCCUCUAAAGAGAUCUCUAUCAUGUCAUCUGCUUCUGAGUCGUUCGAACAAAUUUUAGAUGUCAAGGAGCGCGAGGUAGAGUUGAUGGUGGCGGCCCGCAAUUUGGCAUCAAAUGCUUUACAAGCGGCAGAAGCGUCUCUGCAGCGAUUAUAUUGUAUCGCAAAUGAGAUAGAAAGUAACAUAGAGAAUGCAGCCUUGGACAUCUCGAAAAGCCUGGUUGAUUCUUCCCGAAACCUAAGCCAGCGUCUCGGUAAAGAAGGACUCGGAACUGCCGCUCGAGAACUGGCCUGCCGUGCGAUUGAAUCGGCAUCCAAGUCUAUCGCCAAACUGCACGGAGACGAGUCUUUGUUGCAGCAGAAAGUUCAAAGUGAUUCUUGCCUACUAAAGGCAGCAGCCAAAGUAACUACAAUUUCCGCGCAAGCCUCGUCAGGGGAGCUUUUUGAUCGUGGUUUUAUUGGAGGGUCAGAGCUGGAGGAAGCUACAGGCCAUAUGGCAUCUCAUGCUGUUAGAUCUGCUGAAGCUAUGCUAGCUCAAGUACAAGAACGUAGUUCCACGGUCGAUCUUGAUUUGCAGAUUUGCAAAGCGGCCUUUGAACUAGCAUCACCAGUGGUUGUGUCAGCUGAGGAUUCCGUUGCUCGUUCAGUUCAGCAAAACCAGUUAGUACCAAGCUAUCCGGGUUCUGAUCAUGGGCAGCUGUUUUGGAAGGUUUCAACCUACGUGGAAGGCCUUAUUAACGGAGCCUUGAGGAGACUUGGAUCAGUGGGGUACUUCAAUGACGAUAGCGAUGACCUUGAAGAUUACGAACUUAUAUCUCAUAGCGAGGCCCUUCAAGCUGAUGCCGAGUAUAGUCCACUUGUUCAAGAUCUCUUCCAGCGGGAAAAGCUAUCAUUAAAAGCUUCAAGAAUUGUUAAUGACGUUGUAGAAAACGCCAAGGAAAUUGUCAAAACCCAGAUGAAGAAUACGUCUUUCUUUUUUGUUCCCGAUGUUAAACCAGGGCAUGCCCGCUUCACUCGUCGAAGAAGUAGCUCCGUACAUUUCAACGAGGAUUCUCUAUUUCAUUCCCGCAGAGACAGUUAUGUUCCACGAGAAACAGACUUCCUGAGCGUUGUCAAUAGACCUCCUACACCACGUUUCAGAAAAGCUCGUGCGCAGCCUAUUUUGCAAGAACUUCAAGAGGUUGAUAAAGAACUGUGCAGCCCAUCAGAUAGUGACUUGAACAUUCUCAAAGUAACCGACGGUGACGUUGUUCAGAGACGUGUGUCAGAUCCGGGACAAGGAAUCAACUGUGAAAAUGUUUCAGUGUCAGAAAGGGAGCGAUCGGCGUCCGAUUCCAAGCUCUUCGUUCAAAAUCAAAGCUCGACCGUGACUGAAAAACCGUCUCUUUACGAUAUUAUUAAGAAACGAGAAGAAUGUGCCAGUUGUGAGAUCUCUCCGUGUGGGUCGUAUGUUGUCCUUCCUCAUUUGAACCCAUCAGAGUGUUCACUGAUCGCUGCUCGUGUGGAGAGUUAUGAGGUUUUGUGGAAGCAAAAGAAAAGUAUUACUUCAGUAACAAGCCUACCCUCCUUGUCACCCAAAGGGUCUUUUGUCGCCGGUGAGAGCGUCCAACAUGUUUCUCAGCAUCAGGAAUCGCAUAACCGCACAAUACCAUCUUCAUCUCGUUUGCCAAAUAUAACUAAUUCCACUUCGAAAAUCUGCCAAAGAUCAUCUAGCGAAAGUUCUCUGAAGCAAUCUUCUGGGCAACCAAAACGAACCUCGUCACUGCAAAUAAGAAAAUCUUCUAAACCUUCUCCCCAAUCGUCAAAGCAGUCUGCGAAGUUGCCAUGUAAACCUUCUGCAAGAAAAGGCUCCCUCAGUAGAAUGGCAACAUCACGUGAGUCCCUGCCUACAAAAGACGAAUCUGGCCACUCUUCUUCUCGAAGUAAAAUUGCUCUUACUCAAAAAUCUUUGGUGAAAGACAAACAUUCAAACAUUUUCUCUGCAACAAGAAAUGAAACAGGCAGUUCACUUACGAGAGCAUCGUCACCUCGCCCAUCUACUGAGGUGGCAGUGAUUUCUUCGCGUGCCAUGAAAGGGAAGGUCUCCAACUCCCCACGUGCAUCUAUUAUCAAGGCCGUGUUAUCUCCACGGAGUUCCAAAGAAAAAGUCUCUCAGUCACAAAGUAUGUCUCCUGACAAUGUAGGAUUAGCCUCACAAUUUUCUGUCAACGAUAUCAUGCCUUCUCCUCGUACAUCAACCGUUAAAGCCCCCUUGUCAAAAAGUCAUUCCGGGGGAAAAGUCGCCCAGUCGUCAAAUACAUCAGCACAAGAUAAUGAAGAAAAUAGGGAGGUUUUUCCUCGUGCUUCAACAGAAACGACUUUAACAUUUCCUAAAGACUUGGAAAUAGAUGUAGGGCCCCAAGGUGUAGAAGUAUCGACUUCGAAUGCUGUUGCCGUUUUGGCCCAAACUGUCGCAAAAACGUCGUGUCAAUCCGCAAGUUCUUUGGACCUACAACAGACUACGAAGAAAGCUACAAAGUCAGAAAUGGUCUUGAAAGGAUCCGCUCCUUCGGGUGAACAUCUGAGAAAGGAAUUGUCCUGUUCGACUAAAGAGCUCGAAAAGGCAUCGGAAAAUGUCGAGAAGUGUUUGACCUCAUUGCCUCCUACCCUUCCAAGGAAGCACAAGUCUCAGCCAGAAGGUGUGGGCUCGGAAGUAGAUCGAACUGACGGAGAUUCUGCCGAUGAUAAGGAAAGUGAGAUGAUCAAGAGCAUGAAGAACGUCGUUCCUAGCCUGGAACGAAUUAUCCACGACAAACGGCUGACUCCUGAGGGAGCUGAAGCGGAAACACGUCCGGCCUCUAGUGCUGACAUUUUAGCAGCCAGGAAGACAGUUGAUCCAGAAGGAAUAAGAGGAAACACCGUUCAACAGGUACUAAGUCGAAGUGCAAGACCUUCUCUGUCAAAAUCCCUUUCAUCCGCUGCAAAAAGUUCGUUAGUGGGAGUGAUGAUGAAUCAGCAAGGCUCCCGAUCCUCACAGGAGGUCACAGUGUCACAGCCAAGUGACGAAGACAAAGCAGUCACUACAAGGAAGAAACCCGAAGGUGAAGACACAAAUGAGGUACAAGAUGUUUCAUCUGGUGCUGUUGGUGAAUCUUCCGUCAAAAGUAGUAAAAUGUUUGUUUCUUCGAGCGCGGAGAUUGUUUCAUUUCCAGGGACUAAUAAAGAGCUCGUUCCUGCGCGAACAGAUGUUAUCAAAGUCGAGGGCUACCCUACUUAUAGAAACGUCAACAUUUCGCGCUCCAUCCACGAUACAGUCGAUGAUAUAGUGCAGCAAAUGUUGCGUACAACCGAUGAACCGACCGCAGCUGAAGGUACAGGAUCCCGUAAAGAAAUCAAAAAGGAUACAGAAGGAAAUCUUGGGGCAUCAAGCACGUUUGAUCAGCAGAGAAAGUUUCCUAGUGGUAAAUUUUCUAAGACAGUGAUAGAUACUGUGGACCUCAUGCUCCAAAGUGUCUCGGCCUCUGACGAAAGGAAACCGCGAUAUAGUUUCGGAAGAAAGAUUAGCGGAUCAGAUAUCGUGAGUGGUAUUGGUGAGUAAUAAGAUUUAUUUUCUCUAGGUUUUACAUACGACUGCAAGGGUCAUGGUACGCGAGUAGUGGCUUUGAUGUUUAGGUACCAUAGUAGCUUUCGAUCUUUCCUUUUCCAAGAGUUGACUGUGUAGUAAUGAUGUGCAAACGAUUCUGUCUCGAAGAAAGUAGCAACUUGCACAAAAAUAACCGUUGAACGUGGUUCUAUAAGUGGAAAGGAAAAAUCUCCUGUGCCCCAUCGUUUCUAAAUAAUCUGCUAGAUAUAGUCCUCACUUGCUUGUUAAGCGGUGAAGAUCUCUCUCUUUCUCCUUCCACAUGUCGCUAGCGCGAGAAGAGCUCAAGAUCUUUGCUUUAUUUCCGUUGUGUUGGUGGAAUAAAAAUUUUGUCAUGCGUGCAUUGCAUCAACGCGUAUAAAAGACAUCAUGCUUAAGGUGGCUCGACUGGAUUUUUUGGGGGGGAUACCUCCCAAGUUUGAGCAUUAAUUACGUCGCCAUGAGUAAAGAUAUGGAAAAAAGGUUUCCACACCUAUUAUAUAAUAUAAAAAAUUCUUAUGAUUUGGGUUUUAUUGCAAUCGGAGUCGCCAUGGCAACGUAACGAAGCCAUGACGUUUUUUAUUUAUCUUUGUGUUUCUGUGUACCAGGAGUUUUUUAAAGAAAUCGCUUAAGGGAGUUUGUACCUUCCAUAAUUGCCUCAAUUAUGGCAAAGUUUGAACAAAUUCUAUGAGAGCGUUUUCGAACUAUUUUGAAACGAAGUUUUGAGCAUUAUAAAAACAGUGAAAUAGCAUGCUAUCCACACAAUUAGCUAAUUUUUUAAGAAAACGAGAAGCUUUAGAAACUCGGGUUCAUCUCAUAGUUGUUUGAUUCCAGUGAAAACUGUGUACAAAAACAGAGGGGAAUUGCUCUGAGCGAUCGCGAGUAAGAAGAAUCUUAUUAACUUGCAUUCAGCUGCUUUUGUUACAGUUUUUGCACGUAAUUUAGUCCACGAAUACAAAUUUCGCAUUUUCCAAACAACCGCUCAAUAAAAUUUGUUAGAAAUUGGAAAAUCCCGAGAUAAAUCGUCAAUAAAUAUACCCUGCAAGUUUCAAGAACAUUGAAAACAGGGAAGGCUUUUAAAUAGGGCCUCAAAUAUGACCAAUUUCCCCCCUAGAUUUUGUGUUUACAAGUGAGCGUCCUUAUUAUUCACUUGCAUUCUUUUCAAGAAUCAUAUGCACGUGCACAUUUAGCAAAAAAAAAUAAAUUUGCAUCAAAAAGAACUCUCGAUUACUUUCCGAAGAAAUAUACGGAAUAUGCUAAUAAUUGGCUUGUGUCACAGAUAGCAGUGAGAGCCGAGACGGUGAACGUCACGGCUCAUCUUGUAGGAUGUAACACUUAAUUAUCUUACUCGGGUUAUAACAUCACAGAAACUCUUACAAAGAGUUGCUGUGAUGUUAGAAUAUAUCACUAAUUUAUUUACCCGGUUAUUAGCAUAUUCCGGAGAAUUAACCGAGGGUCCUUUUUGAUGCAAAUUCUAUCUUUUUGCUAAAUGUGCACGUGCAUAUGAAUGUGGACGCUCACUUGUAAACACAAAAUCUGGGGGAAAAAAUUGGUUAUAUUUGAGGCCCUAUUUAAAAGUCUUCCCUGUUUUCAAUGUUCUUGAAACUCGCAGGGUAUAUUUAUUGACGAUUGAUCUCGGGAUUUUUAAAUUUAUAAAAAAACUUAUCGAGCGAUUUUUUGGAAAAUGCGAAAUUUGUAGGCGUGGACCAAAUUACGCGCAAAAACUGUAACAAAAGCAGCUGAAUGCAAGUUAAUAAAAUUCUUCUUACUCGCGAUCCCCCAGAGCAAUUCCCCUCUGUUUUUGUACGCAGUUUUCAACGGAAUCAAAUCACAAUGGGAUGAAGCCGCGUUUCCAAAGCUUACCGUUUUCUUUAAAAAUUAGCUAAUUGUGUGGAUAGCAUGCUAUUUCACUGUUUAUAUGAUGCUGAAAACUUCGUUUCAAAAUAUUUCGAAAACGCUCUCAUAGAAUUUGUUCAAACUUUACAAUAAUUGAGGCAAUUAUGGCAGGUACAAACUCCCUUAAGCGAUUUCUUAAAAAAAACUCCAGGUGCAGAGAAACGCAAAGGUAAAUAAAAAACGUCAUGGCGUCGUUACGUUGCCAUGGCGACUCCGAUUGCGAUAAAACCCCAAUCAUAAGAAAUUUUCAUCUUUAUAUGAUACAGUUGCGGAAACCUUUUUUCCAUAUCUUUACUCAUGGCGACGUAAUUAAUGCUCAAAUUUCGGAGGUAUCCCCCCUAAAAAAUCCAGUCGAGCCACCUUAAGUUUUCUUUUUUAUCUCCUAGACAUUCCAAGAACAACCUCCUCGAUGGAGAGGUUUGCCAAAAUCACUUCGUCUUCUCCUCAGGUUGUCUCUUGUGUGUACGAAUUAAUGCCAUCGCCUCCUAAACUCCCAGCCCCAAAGGUCUCUAGACUCCGUGCUACUUCCUCUCAAGCCUCUGUAGGAAUCCGUGCUACGCAGUCAGACUCCAGCAUCGUAAGUUCUUCAAGUGAUAAAGCAGCUGACCUCAAGCCUAAAGUUUCUGGUGCUUGGCUCGAUGACCGUGGAAACUCGUCUCUAAGGUCCCAGUCACCGACGAGGCCUCAAUCAAGCCCAAGCCCUUCGCUUCACAGACGUUCUUCUGACAAGCUCUCAGUGAGGCACUCCUUGGAAGGCGUUUCCAUGGAAACACAUGACACAUUGCGAAAACAUUCUCCUUAA